CGCUUGUUUUCAUUUUCCAUUUCAAUUUCUUGUUCCAUUUCGGCAGUAUUUUUUUCAAGUGAUUUUCCAUCAAGGAUUAGCUAUUUCAAUUUUUGGGAGCUAAACGAUAAACUUUUCUCAUUACGGCCUAACUAAGUCACGAUGGCUGAAGACGAGGAGGAGGGGUACCGCUGGGAGUCCGGAUAUGAAAAGACAUGGGAGGCCAUUCAGGAGGAUGAGGCGGGUCUCCUGGACAGCUCGGUCGCCGACCUGGUGGCGCGCGCUAAGCGGGCCCGCCUACACCGGGCGCGGCCGCACGUGCGCCUGGGCAUCAUGCGGCACCUGUACCUGGUGCUGGACGCCUCCGAGGCCAUGUUCGUGCAGGACCUGAAACCCACGCGGCUCAUUUGCUGCCUCAAGAUCCUGGAGGGUUACGUGCAGGAGUUUUUCGACCAGAACCCCAUCAGUCAGCUGGGAAUCAUCGUGACCAAAAACAAACGGGCUGAGGUGGUCUGUGAGCUCGGUGGGAACCCCAUCAAAGUCAUCGAGCACCUGCGCAAGCUAUCGUCUGCGCCAUGCGUGGGCGAGCCGAGUCUGAUGAACGCUCUGGAGCUGGCAGCCAGCUCCCUGCGCACCAUGCCGAGCCACGCGAGCCGGGAGGUGCUGGUCCUGAUGGCGAGUCUGACCACCUGUGACCCGGGGAACAUCAACGCCACCAUACAGUCGCUCUGUAAGGAGAAGAUCCGCUGCUCAGUGAUCGGCCUGGCCGCCGAGCUGCGCAUCACGCGCCACCUGGCGCAGGAGACGGGCGGAGAGUACGCCGUGUGUCUGGACGACUCGCACCUGCGCGACCUGACCAUGGCGCACGUGCAGCCACCGCCGGCCGUGGCCCAUAUGGAGGCCGCUCUGAUACGGAUCGGCUUCCCGUCGCACAAUACCAGCGCCGACAGUCCCGGCAAACUGUCCUACUGUAUGUGUCACCUGAACGGGCCGGCGCCGCCGGAGGGUCCGGACCGCGGCGGAUACCUGUGUCCGCAGUGCUACAGCAAACACUGCGAGCUGCCUGUGGACUGUGCCACCUGCGGCCUGACGCUGAUGUCGGCGCCGCACCUGGCGCGCAGCUACCACCACCUGUUCCCUCUGGAGCCGUUCGAGGAGGUGGAGCGGCCGCCCGGCGGACCCCCGCAGCACUGCGCCGCCUGCCGGGCGAGGAUUGAUACACAGAAGCUGAUAUCCAAGUGUGGAAAAUGCAGCGAACUGUACUGCGUCGAUUGCGACCUAUUCAUCCACGAAACCCGGCACGUGGAGGUGGCUGUGACAUCACGCGGCUCCGGCUACGGCGGCGCGGCGCGGCGCGGCACACUGUGGGUAGGUGUCUGAGCCGCCCGUUCGGUCGGCCGUCCGUCUCAGUUGGACGGUGUUACGGUGGUGUUGGCAGGGCGUAUUUUCGGGCCGGUACAAUGCGCGGAAAGUUGUGCUGCCGUCGAUAGGUGACUGCAAGGAGGUACGAACGGGAGAUUUAGCACGGAGUAAAGCCGAACCUGCACAGAAACUGUGCACAAUGUUGUGAACAAUCUCAAAGAACCGAACUCGGAACCGAAGUGAGACCGUCGAGAUGUCUUUUUGAUAUGGUCCUGCUAAUACGUCACUACUUAAUAACUCCUAUUCCAUUGAAAUAGUUUUGGAGAUUCGCCCGGUUACCCACUGGCAUACCAUUUGUAUGGUAUGAAGCAUAACCCUUUGGCUACUCAGUCGCUCUUGCGUCAGGUGAAUGGCAUAGUCCAGUCUACUCAUGUUGCGAUUAUAACUCAAACCAUGGCCUACUUAGCAUCAGCAGUAUUUCCACUACAUGGCAUGCAGAAAACCACCGAGCCAAACUCUGCUCUGUGAGAUAUACGUGUUUCCGCCCGAUUUUGCAGCUGCAAUUUUUGUAAGCUAGUCACCUUCGUGAGCUGCCUGUCCGACUGGCCGCAAUUUCCGCUCAAGUUGUUACUUGCCACACAAAGCCCACUGAAGAGACGGGUAGUUGCAGUUAAAGCUGAUUUGAAAAUCACUCACCAUGAAGAGAAUGAUGAGAUGAUCAGAAUCUCCGUUUGGAGUUGUGAACGUGGCGUAACAGGGUUAGCCUGUUCAGGCCAGCAUAAAGAGCGCAUUGACGUUUGUUCCUGAACUGUGACCGGAGCAUUGAUCAAAACAUGCAUUUCCACAUCCAUACCGUGAUAUUAUCUAUUAAAGGUUGUCCAUCCAAAAACCCUUGCUCAUUUCGUGUCCGUGAUCCCGUAGACAGUGUCCAUCGUCACGGCGAUUCCUGGAAGUUUCCCGUGUUUGUCAUCUGUCUGAUGCGUAGCGCGUGUCGAAAGCCCCUCGCCGGGCAUUCGUGAGCGCGCUCGCACGAACGCACUGCGUUCGGGGGGGGGGGGGUACUGGCGUGACCCGGUCCCAUAGCCAUGGAGUCGGUUCACGUGUACCCGGACACAUGGACCAUAUCCCGGUGCGAUAUUGACCUGUGACGUCAUGUGUUAGUUGUUAGAGGUGGACAGUGUUGGACUUGAGGUGUGCACUGUACAUUUUGCUCGUGAUGUUUUGUAUAAACGACUGUUUUGUAUUUAAAUGUGACCAGUGAUUUUGUAUUGAGUUGCAUGAAUACAUGUUUGAAAUACCCGUGCAACAA